UAACUUCAUAUAUUUGUUGUUUAUUGUUGCCACUGAUAGCUGACGUAUUUUUUUAACAUUUUUGUAACAUAAUUGUAUAAAAUAAUUAAACUAGAUUAUUCAAAUAAUAAAGAAAAGUGAAACAGUGAAUAUUUUUGAAUUUGGAUAAUUAUUUGGAGCAAAAACUGAUUGUGAGCUUUGAGUUGUGAAUGAAAAAUAUACCAUUGUUGUUGUUGUCAUUGUUAAAAAAAUCAAUUAUCUAUGAGUAUAGGUAUAUAAUAAUUAUUGAAUGAAUAAAUAGAAAAUUUAUGGAAAUAAUAGUAGUAAAUAACGUACACGAUUAAUUACAAAUAAAUUGUUUAUAAAAGUUUUGUUGGUUAAUUUGUUUGGUUUCAAUGGCAAUUUGCAUGAUAACGAUUAUUUAUUCAAAGUGAUUAUGUCAAAGAGACGAAACAUUAAAGUAAACGAAAGGCAAUUCGACAACGUGGAUUACACACCAUUAACUGAAACCGACAAUGGAUUUGUCGACUCUCAAUUUACACGACCACCCAUUAAAAUACCAUGGAAGGCAAUCGGAUUAGCAACAUUAUUAUUUAUUGGAGGUACAAUAUUACUAGUAAUAGGUAGUCUAAUAGUCAGUGGUCACAUCGAUUCAAAGUACAGUGAUCGAUUGUGGCCGAUGAUAAUUUUAGGUAUUUUAAUGUUCAUUCCGGGUGCUUAUCAUGUAAGAGUAGCACUGUUGGCUUACAGGAAGAUACCAGGUUAUUCAUUUGAUGAUAUACCAGAAUUUGAUUAGUUUAAUUUGACAAAAAAAACUUAUAAAUCAUUAUUUUUCAAUGAAAAUACAAAAGUUUUAUUAAUGAUAAAUAAUUACAUAAAUUAUUGUUAUAUAAAACAAAGUAUUUAAUCAAGUCUGUCGGUAAAACAGAGCUCAAAUUUGCAAUAAGUAAUUUUUUGAUUAUUCAACAAUUUUCAAGUUAUUUAAUUACAGAAUUUAAUGUUAACAGAUAAAUAGCACAAUAAACAUAAAAA